GCCCUAUUAGACGCUUCUAGAAUUCCAUGUAUACCAAACCAACUAUAAUAAUAUCUAUGACCACUUCUUGCCUGCCUUUUUUAACUUGUUUUUUCCUCAGAAAUUACCACUUUAUAUAACCCCCCUCUAUUUCUUCUCUUCAUUCUCCUCCUCUCCAUAUAUUAUUCCUAAUAAUCUUCGUCUUAUUUAUACAUCUCUCUGGUACAGAGAGAUUUUGUAGCUUCCUCUCUCGCAGCCGCCAAAUAGAUCGUCGCUAACUAAAGGAAAUAUGAGUGUUGUGGGUUUUGAUUUUGGGAAUGAGAGUGGUGUUGUGGCUGUUGCGAGGCAACGGGGGAUUGAUGUUGUUCUGAAUGAUGAGUCCAAGAGGGAGACACCUGCUCUUGUUUGCUUCGGGGACAAGCAACGUUUUCUUGGAACAGCUGGUGCUGCUUCCAGUAUGAUGAAUCCCAAGAACACGAUUUCUCAGAUUAAGCGAUUGAUUGGACGGCUGUAUUCGGAUCCUGAGCUGCAGAGGGAUAUCAAGUCGUUGCCGUUUUCUGUUACUGAAGGGCCUGAUGGAUAUCCGUUGAUUAAUGCACGGUAUCUUGGAGAAAUGAGGAGUUUUACACCUACGCAGGUGUUGGGAAUGGUUUUCUCGGAUCUGAAAAUUAUAGCUGAGAAAAAUUUGAAUGCUGCUGUGGUGGAUUGCUGCAUUGGGAUUCCUGUUUAUUUUACCGAUCUUCAGAGACGGGCGGUUUUGGAUGCAGCUACAAUUGCGGGGUUGCACCCACUCAGACUUAUUCAUGAAACGACGGCAACUGCUCUUGCAUAUGGUAUCUACAAGACAGAUUUGCCGGAGAAUGACCCACUCAAUGUUGCAUUUGUUGACAUUGGUCAUGCUAGUAUGCAGGUGUGUAUUGCUAGUCUGAAGAAAGGUCAGCUAAAAAUAUUAGCACACACCUUUGACCGGUCUCUUGGUGGAAGAGACUUUGAUGAGGUGCUCUUUCAGCACUUCGCCGAAAAAUUCAGAACUGAUUACAAGAUUGAUGUUUACCAAAAUGCAAGGGCUUGUCUGAGGCUUCGGGCUGGGUGUGAGAAGCUCAAGAAGGUUCUUAGUGCAAAUCCAGAGGCACCUUUGAAUAUAGAGUGCUUGAUGGAUGAUAAGGAUGUUAGAAGUUUUAUUAAAAGGGACGAGUUUGAGCAAAUCAGCAUCCCCAUACUGGAACGAGUUAAGAAGCCAUUGGAGAAAGCUCUUUCAGAGGCUGGGUUAACAGUAGAAAACAUUUAUGCUGUAGAGGUGGUUGGUUCAGGCUCCCGUGUACCUGCAAUCAUGAAGAUUUUGACCGAAUUCUUUGGUAAGGAGCCCAGGCGUACAAUGAAUGCCAGUGAGUGCGUUGCAAAAGGCUGUGCAUUGGAAUGUGCUAUUCUUAGCCCCACUUUCAAAGUGCGAGAAUUCCAGGUUAAUGAGAGCUUUCCGUUCACAAUUGCGUUGUCAUGGAAAGGCGCUGCUCAAGAUGCUCAAAAUGGAACUGCUGAUAAUCAACAGAGUACCAUUGUUUUCCCAAAAGGAAACUCAAUUCCUAGUGUGAAGGCUCUAACAUUCUACAGGUCUGGGACAUUUGCAGUAGAUGUACACUAUGCUGAUGUAACCGAACUUCAAGCACCAGCAAAGAUCAGCACCUACACAAUUGGUCCAUUUCAAUCGACAAAGAGUGAACGGGCCAAAGUUAAGGUUAAAGUUCGCCUAAAUCUACACGGUGUUGUGUCAGUUGAGUCGGCAACACUACUGGAAGAAGAAGAAGUUGAGAUUCCUGUUGUUAAACAGUCAACAAAAAUGGAUACCGAUGAAGUUCCAUCUGCAGCUGCUCCUUCGAGUGCAACUGAAAGUGAUGUCAAUAUGCCUGAUGCCAAGAGUGCUGCUGAUGCUCCUGGGUCUGAAAAUGAUGCUCAAGGUGAUCUCCCUGCCCAAAUGGAAACAGAUGCUAAGGUUGAGGUCCCAAAGAAAAAGGUAAAGAAGACCAACAUACCACUGAAGGAGCUGGUUUAUGGAGGAAUGCCACCUGCAGAUGUACAGAAAGCAGUGGAAAAGGAAUUUGAAAUGGCGCUGCAAGACAGAGUUAUGGAAGAAACUAAAGACAAAAAGAAUGCUGUAGAGGCUUAUGUUUAUGACAUGAGAAACAAGCUGAAUGACAAAUACCAUGAUUUCGUAACCGAUCCAGAGAGAGAAGAGUUUACUGCCAUCCUUCAGCAGGUGGAAGAUUGGUUGUAUGAAGAUGGUGAGGAUGAAACGAAGGGUGUGUAUGUUGCCAAGCUUGAAGAGCUUAAGAAGAGAGGUGAUCCCAUUGAGUUCCGCUACAAGGAACACUCAGAGAGAGGAACUGUUAUAGAUCAACUAGUUUACUGUAUUAAUAGCUACAGAGAAGCAGCGAAUUCGAAUGAUUCCAAGUUUGAUCACAUUGAUGUUGCUGAUAAGCAGAAGGUUUUGACUGAAUGUGUUGAAGCCGAAGCAUGGUUAAGAGAGAAGAAGCAGCAACAGGAUUCAUUACCAAAACAUUCAACUCCAGUUCUUUUGUUAGCUGAUGUGAGAGGGAAAGCUGAAGCUGUUGACAGGCUUUGCAGACCAAUAAUGACAAAGCCAAAACCAAAGCCGGCUAAGCCAGCCACACCUGAUGUUUCAUCCCCAAGCAGUGAUCAGUCCCAUGGUGCUGAGAAUGCUGAUGGUCCCAGCAAGGACAGCAGCGAGAGUACUUCUGGAAGUGAGGUUCCACUGGCCUCUGAGGAGCCAAUGGAAACUGAAAAACCAGAGACUGCAGCAUAAUCUGGUGGUUUUUGCUCUUUGUUUAAGAUGUGAUCAUUGUUGUGUAAAAGUAAUCUGAGAUUCUAUCGGGGGUGAGAACUGAGAAUGAGUGGGUUUUACAAUGGUCUGUAAAGCCGUCCAUUUUUUUAGGAUGGUUGAGCCUCUGUGACUCCUAUAUACUAUAAUAUAGGCGUACGGAAACAUUUUUCUGAAUACGUUAUUUACUUCUGUUAAUGUAAGAAAUUUUGUUUGAAUCUUC